GUUCAUAGCCGCGCAGCUCAUCGCUUGUAGGAAUCGAACGAUCCCAGAGAGAAACCCCAGAAAUGAACCCGGCCAAGCAUGCCUUUGCACUGAACGUCCAAGGAGGUAAAAUAGCUUGCUUAUCCAGAACAUCUGGUUGGAUAUCCUAUUCCUCGUCGUGGAUAGAAUGGUCCCGUUUUUUCAGGGUUUUGUAACCACAGAUGGGAGCGUGGGAACGGAAUUAUUUAUUUCCUUCCUAUAAGUUAGAGCUAGCUACGGUCCUUGUAGUAUACAACCACCGCAAUCAACCCACACAUCAUACGAUACGGCAGGGCAGGUUUCAAUCGGAUGUGGGAAGUUGAUGGGAUGAAGGUUAAUUCAGGGGCAAUAUCUAUUGCAUGGCGAUUGUCUUAACUUUUCCUCCCAACAUCCCAACAAUGCUUUGACACCAGUUCAUCCUUCCAUCCCUCACACACCUCUCCUCGUCUAUCUAGCCCCAACUGGCUUGCUAGACACAUCAUCCCCCAUAUAUCCGAUUGCGGUGUGGCAGUGACAGCAUACCUAGCCCGCUCAAAUCAGGCUAUGAAAUAAUGUCUAACUGGCAAGAAGAAUACUUCUUAGCUUUGGGAGUGAGAGAUGCGCGUGAACAAGCAAAUGCCUCUCUGUACGAUGCUUACACCCGCCUAGCCGACCGCACCAGCCAUCUCCACCAGCAACAUCCUUCUCACCCCUCCUCCGCCCCCACCACCCCGUCCACCCAGCACAGAACGGGUUCCCCCGCAGGCAUCGACAACAAGAACAAGAAACCAAACCCCACCUCCAAACACCAACACCAACAACACCAGCAUCAGCACCACCACGGCACCGACACCGACGCGCUCCUAUCCGCCGCGCGCAAGGACCUCUCCGAAGCCCAGCGCUCGCGCACAGAGCUGGCAGAUAAACUCGCCAAGACCAGCGCGGAGCUGGAUAAGCUGCGGCGGAAGACGAAUGGCGAUGCGCGCCGGAUUGAAGCGCUGGUCGCUGAGCGGGCGCUGCUGCUGACGCGCGUGAAGGAUCGCGAUGAGGAGUUGAGGGGGAAGGCGAAGUUGUUGGAUAACGUGCAAACGGAGCUCGUAUCCCUGAAUCUACAGUUUAAUAUGGCGGAAGAACGCUCGAAGAAGCUGGAGACGGAGAACAAGGAGUUGGUUGAUCGCUGGAUGGCGAGGAUGGGACAGGAGGCGGAGGCCAUGAAUAAGGCGUCCAAAUUUUCUUGACAUCGAUGGGCACGGCGUUUUUCUUUUUCUUUUUAGCUCUUGGAUGGGGGUCUAUUUCACGGAAUUGAUAUUGAGGCUUUUUCCUUUUUGAGAGGGGAUCAUGCAGGCGCAUUAUCUGGUAUAUCAUAAUAUAUUAGAGAUACAUAAUUGAAUUUUGAAUUUUUGGGAUAGGAAGAUUCGCUCUAAAUAAAAAACUACCCAGAAAGAAGAAUCAUUACAGUCCCGCAAUCACACUAUUUGACUAGACGGGAUACCAUCGCAUAGCAGAAAGUAGCGCUGGUCACACACGUCAUCUAAUCGAAUAGGCCAGCCUUUUUGCCGCUCGUCAAAUGGAUAUUUCAAAAUCCCCCCCAAAAAAAUGGAACGAGAAGGAAGGGUAUCGCAGCGUCUAUCAUGAAAGAAUAGGGGACCCAAAAAGAGUAAAAAGCAGAAAGGAAAAGGAAAAAAAAAAAAAAAAAAAAAAAAAAAAAAAGCAGAAAGGAAAAGGAAAAAAAAAAAAAAAAAAAAAAAAAAACCGAGAAGGAAAAAUGGGUGAAGAAACCCACCAAGGUAUCAUCAUGAAAAAAAACCCGACAAAAAAGCCAAGGAGAGCCGGGGGAAGAAAGAAAAUCCAACGCCUCAGAAAAUGUGAUCGUAGCGUUUCCAAAAGCAUUCUUCCCAGCCAACGAGAAGGCGAGCCUCCAUCCAAAAAAAAAAAAAAAGAAGGGGAGUGGGGGGAAUCAAAAGAAAAGCAUAAACAAAAGGAACAGGAUAUCCAAAUGUUCUUCACUCAUUCAACAUCCCCUCCGCAAAAGCCUUCAACCUCGAACUAUCCUUGGUCGCAAUAAAAUACGUGCCCCCCGCAUGCGUCCAGCUAACACUAUCAGACCAGUAAUCCUUCUGUCUGACCGACAACAAAUUAACCGGCGAAUUCAAAUUCCGCGCCUGAAUCCGAUGUCCCGCGGGUACAAACGACUUGAGCGACACAAUCUGACACCCUUCCUUCAUAUCCAGGAAGUGGUUGAUGAUCGAGUUGUUCAGCUCCGGCGUGAACGCCUGGUUAUUAAUGAGCACGACAUCGGCCCGCUGCAGCGCCUUAAUGAUGCUUUCUUGCGACAGGAAGCAGCCGCGGAUAAGCCGGACGGUGCCCGGGGCAAGCCCCCAGAGCCGACAGCGUGCUUCGAAUUCGCGCCCCUGCAGCUCCGCGAGGUCGCAGGCGUUCUGCAUCAUUUCGCAGCCCCAGCUCUCGCAGCCGAUUUCCAACGCUGCCUGUAAGACGACGUUGCCAACCCCAGAGCCUAGGUCGACGAAUACCUGGUUGGAUUUUAGUUUGGUUUGCUUGAAGAUCUCGGAGAUGAAGCGGGGGAGGAGCUCGCCGUAAACGUUGUCUGUGCCAUUUUCGUACCGGCGGAGGGACUCUACGCGUGGGGAAACGGUGCGGGCGUAUAUUUGGUUCAGGAUCCGUUCGACUAAGGGGAGCGGCAGGCUGUGUAUGGUAUCGAGGUGUUUCGCGAUGGAGCCGUCAGCUCGGAGCCGGGUGAUGGUAUUAUUAUAUUCGUCGAUUGCUUCCAUGAAUUCUGAUUGAGAGGCGUGCGCCAGGGCGCGUCUGAAGCGGCGAUUAAUGCCAGUGGCCUCGUCGUUAAAAAGGGUUUGAAGCCUUCUUUCUCCCGAGGUACGACAAGUUGGUAUCUAGCGCCGAACGACGAGUAAGCAAACAUCCCAUCAGCAACACAAACGCAAAACGAACAAACCUAGCUAUUUCCACAAGUCAUCGUAACUCACUUUUCACCCUGGGAAGCGCCGGGAUACUGCAACCGAACUGUAACCGGCUCUGCAGCCCCAGCAUCACCCCCAUCCUCAAACGCUCUGAUAAACUCCGCAGGUUUAUCCACAGAUGUGAUAUCAGCCGCGUUUACUAUGGUGACCGUUUGUUCCCCCGCAUUUUCCACAAACGCAGCCGUGGACCGAACCCGGCGCUCUUUAUCUGGCCCCGCACUGGCACUAACCUUCGCCCGCUUGCGAACUUCAAAGAAAGCCGCAUCCGUAUCGCUCUCGUCGCUGCUACUCGAUAACCUUUGGACAGGCGAUGGCCGCUUUCGGGGUACGGACUUUGCUUUUAGACGCCGGGUGGGUUCAUGGUGUCGGGAUGGGGUGGGAUCGCUCGCUAUGGAACUUGCGCGGAUAGAACUGGAUGAGCGUCUGCUGGAUGUGAGAAGGCGAUCGCGGUCACGGCGGGGGUGAGCGUGAGAGUGAGGAGUUGGUCUGGAGGCUGAAAAGUCCGAUGUGACUGAUGCGGCUCUUGAAGGGGCAUGUUUGGCGGGUGUGGUUACUGCUUCGACUUUUCGGAUCUGCGGCCGCUUGGGCUGAAUCACUAUGCUUCCCUUCUUCUGGAGGUGGUCGAAAAAACCCAUGCCCUUCUUAUGGAAAAAUUUUGCGUCUAGCCCAAAUACAGUGUGAUCGAUCGGUGGUCUACUUCGCUUCCUUGUUGACACCCGACGGCUUAAGACACACGGGUGAACGAAUAAGAGGCCUUAAUGAAAUAAUACAGAGCGGUAAGAGAGAGGAAGAAUAAUAAAAGAGAGGGGUUGGUAAACUGUUAAUAAUAUAAAUGAUCGUACGAUAUUCAUAAGACUGGUGAUGUUUGUUGGAAGUGGCACUUAUAAAGAGCUGCGGAUGUACGCAUACGCAGUAACGGAGUAGUUUGUCAAAGGCGGCUCAACGUCUUUCUGGGUUCGGGGCUUGGCGAAGAAGCAGCGUGGAAGGCAGCGUUUCUUGGCAAGAUUAGUCAUCAGGACAACACAACCAGCCAGUUGUUGGUUUUUCUUUUGGUCAAAAAUUAACAAUAUAAAAAUUAUAGCUCAAAUUGAUUCUUCGUCAGAGUCUCUUCUCAUAUUAGUCUGCAGUCCAAUUCAAACAGUAACAAUAGUAAAAUCUAAGGGAAAGUUGCUGCAAUCAACCAAAAAAGGAAGAUGAGCAGCAGAUGGAGUACAGCUGCUGCCAAGAGGUCAAGAUGUAUGCAUAACAAAGCAACACAAAGGGGAAAAGAAGCAAAUGAAAAUAACAAUACAAAAUCAGAAGGGUAUCACUGCCCAAGAAAAAAAAAAGUAAACAGGUAUGCUGUUGGCAGUCAGUUACAACAAUAAAAACGGAAAUAAAAAGAACAAAUCUGACAGCCUGUAACAUAAGUGCUUCUGUGGGGGGGAAAAGAAGGGAAAGAAAAGAAAAGAAAUAUUCAAGUCAAGGCGCUAAAAUAUAAAAAGCAAAUGGAACGUGGUUGGUGAUAUUAAAACAUGUUAUGUACGUCGG